CUAGUGUUGUGAUUGGUGGUGGAGGUGGGUUUGGGUCUGGCGGUUUUUUGGCUUGAGAUGGAGGCAACAUACGCUGAGUCAAUGAUAUGGGUCAGGUGGUAUUUCUGGUGGUGGUGUUCGUGUUAUUGUAGUGGAUGUGACCGUUGGUGUGUUAAUUAAAAAGAAUAAGGAAUUUGAAAGAAAAAAAAAUAAAAAAAAAUAUAUUAAAUUCAAUUUCUUUAUGAUAAAUGUAAAAUAUAGUAAAAAUGAAUUAGGGAAGUAAAAUCUAGUUAGUUAUGUUACUAUAUAGUAAUUAUUUAUGCAUUUUAGUUAACAAAUGUGUGUGGGUAUCAACAAGUGACCCACAAUAUAAAUACAAAUUUAUAAAGUGAUUAUAAUAUUCUCUUAUAGAAAUCAGCAUGUAACGGCUAUCGACUUGUGUCAGGUUUCCGGCAUCUGUUAUAGGGAUCUAAUUUCGAUGAUUUAAGAUCUACGAACAUGGCUAAACUUUUCUACUGAACUGAAAGAGCGGUCCAGCCUGAAGAAUAGUUUCUCCGAUUUUUCGAUUGUUUGUGUUCCUUGUUCGGAAAAUAUAUCGUCUGAUUCGUUAUAUAAGAUAUCAAGAUUUUUCAUAGGAAUUUGUAUUAUAUUGGUUGUUCUGUUCGGUUUACUUUUCAAAACUAUAUCAAGUUUGAUUAAUAGAAUAGCAUGAAAAAAAACUAUCAUGUACCUGUUGUAUUCAUGAUAUUUUGAGAGUUUGUUUCAAAUGUUGAAACGUGUCAAAACUGCUGUAUAAAAGUAGAAAGCAACUAAUUAUUAAAGGAAAUAUAUAUUUGGUAAGAUUUAUUUCAAGUUUUAAUUCUACUAAUUUGAAAUAGUUAUCCAUUUUUAAAAUGUUCACUGUCAUUAGUUCAUUGCCUUGUAUUAAGAGGAUUUUUAUUGGCUUAUGUGUAUUCAGUAAUUUGGACAUCCAAUCAAAAUCAUGUAUAUUGGAUUCUUGAUUAAACAAUUAUCGUCAGAAUAUUAAUUUUAUUCGCUUAACAUUUUAUAAAUACUACUUUAACAUCUGACUUCUGGUGUUUAAUUUAACACAUUGACAACAGCAAGAAAGAAACUGGAACAUCUAAUGGAAUAUCUUUUGCUAAUCUUGUCUUUUCUCAUCUUCUUCAUCUUCUCUCUUAAGCAUUUAGUUGGUAGAUGGAAGUGCAAGUUUAACUUACCUCCAACUCCGGCAUGGUCGCUGCCGGUAAUUGGACACCUUCACCUCCUCAAACCGCCGCUCCACCAAAUAUUACACUCUCUUUCUCAAUCUCUCGGCGGGGCUCCUAUAUUUCGCCUCCGCCUGGGCAACCGUGUUGCGUUUGUCGUCUCCUCCCUCUCCCUUGCUGAAGAAUGUUUUACCAAGAACGACAUCGCUUUGGCUGACCGACCAAAGUUCACUUUCGGGAGACUCGUUGAGUACAACUGCACCACUAUGGCCACUACAUCUUACGGUGAUCACUGGCGGAAUCUGCGUCGUAUAGGCGCAAUAGAGAUCUUCUCGUCCCAUAGACUUGAUAGCUUCUUAUCCAUCCGUAAGGAUGAGAUUCGACACUUGAUAUUGUGUCUCUCCAAGAACUCUUUGCAUGUGUUCGCAAAGGUGGAGCUGAGAUCAUUGUUUGGGAACUUCAACAUCAACAAUAUUCUCAGGAUGAUAGCAGGAAAACGAUUUUAUGGAGACGAAGCUGAGCAAGGUGAUGAAGCAAAACGCGUGAGGCAGUUGCUUGACGAAGCAGUAUCCAGUGCUGGUGUAGGUCACGCUUCUGACUAUGUUCCGUUCCUGCGUUGGUUUACUAGUUAUGAGAAAGGUGUCAAGAAGUUGGCGGUCCGGGUCGAUGAGUUUCUCCAAGGACUAUUGGAUGACAAACGUGCGCAAAAAGAAAAGGGUAACACUAUGAUUGAUCACUUGCUUUCUCUCCAGGAAACUGAACCUGAUUAUUAUACGGAUGUCACCGUCAAAGGACUCGUAGUGGUUAUGAUAUUCGCUGGAAAUGUGACACUAACAAGAACGUUAGAAUGGGCGAUGUUGAAUUUGUUGAACCAUCCAGAAGUUUUGAAAAAAGCCAAGACUGAAAUCGAUACCAAAAUUGGUUUAGACCGGUUAAUAGAUGAACCGGAUGCUAAAAAUCUCCCUUACCUCCAAUGUAUCAUAUCAGAGAUUUUUCGGCUUUACCCGGCGGCUCCAUUGCUUGCUCCACAUAGGGCGACUGAGGAUUGUAUUAUUGGAGGCUACGACUUCCCUCGUGGCACAACUUUAAUCGCUAACGUAUGGGCCAUUCACCGAGACCCGAAUAUAUGGGAAGAGCCGGAAAAGUUCAAGCCAGAGAGGUUCGAGAGGAAAGGGGGAGAUCAAACGUUAAUGCCAUUUGGGAUGGGACGACGAGCUUGUCCCGGGUCCGGUCUAGCUCAGCGGGUAGUGAAUUUGGCUCUGGGAUCGAUGAUUCAAUGUUUUGAUUGGGAGAGAAUUGGAGAAGAAUUUGUUGACAUUAGUGAAGCAACCACAAUGCGUCCAGCUACACCUUUGCUAGCCAUGUGUAGAGCUCGUCCGUUAGUUCAUAAGAUUCUCAACGCUCCUUUUGAAACGUAACUCCCAUUUCCUUGUUUUUAUAUCUAUUUAUGUAUGUUUGAACAAAAAAAAAAUAUCUAUCUAUGUUAUCUUUGCAUGUAACUCAUUUUUUCUGUCUUUUCUUUUUUAUUGUCUGUGUCAUUUUUAUUUAUUUUAUUCCUUAUCUGGUUAGAGGAUAAAUGAUAAAAAACUAAAAACAUAAAUUUAUGUAACACCGGUUUGAAUCCUCAACGAUUGAUAUUUUUUUACAAAAAACUAAAAAAUACACCCUCAGGCCUCAACGAUGAUAAUUGUUAUGGUGACAGAUAGAGAUCCAAAAUGAUUGAUAUUUUUUUACAAAAAAAUGAUAGUGAAUUGGAAGAAAUAGUGGUGGUAGAUAAGUGAAGAGGAAGAAGUUUGGGCAAGUAUUAACCGGGAAGAAGGGAUAAUAUAGUGUAUAUUGUAGUAAUAAUUGAGGGUGUAUUUUUUUAAGUUAAAUACCUAAUUACAUUUUAUUCCAUGGCUAGUGAGGCCAAUUUCUUUAACAAAAAUUCGAAUAAAGAAAAAGAAAUGUAUCAUAUGCCAAAAGAAACCAAACCAUUUCAAUUUCACGGGACAAAAGAAGAAGACUUGAAUAGUCAACUCGAGUCUCAGAAGAAGAGUAGCUAUGGAGGUACAGAUUCAUCGGAGACUCAGGUUUUCUCGCAGUUGAAGAUCUCCCAAGCAAGAUAAAGAAGGGAGGGUAACCACCUUAACCGGCUUUCACUCAAUUUUCCGUCUCCAUACCGGUUCGUGUUCAAAUAUGAGACCGGAUAUCCAUCUAUCGGUUUGAAUGUAUAUAUGCAUUUUAGAUUAAAGAAUUUAUUUAUUUAUAAA